CCCGUCGGCGGUUGGGCGGAGGGAGUGCGCUUGCGCGUCUCCGGCCCAGCUGCCAGAGCGGCGCGUGGGUGGCGGUUGGCGUUUGCUGUCUUGCGCUCGCGGCUUGGCUCUGUGUGCGCGGGAUGGCGGGCGCCUCGACCCUGGCGGGGAGCUCUGCGCUGGGGCUGGGCGCUGUUGGGGGGGCCUGGCCCUGGGGUAUCUCUGCGGGAGGCCCGUCCCGCUAUGUGGCCGGGAUGCAGGAGCUGUUCCGGAGCCACAGCAAGACUCGCGAGUUCCCGGCGCACAGCGCCAAGGUGCACUCGGUGGCCUGGAGCUGUGACGGGCGCCGCCUGGCCUCGGGCUCCUUCGACAAGACGGCCAGCGUCUUCUUGCUGGAGAAGGACCGCCUGGUAAAGGAAAAUAACUACCGAGGGCAUGGGGACAGUGUGGAUCAGCUUUGUUGGCACCCGAGUAAUCCAGACCUCUUUGUCACUGCAUCUGGGGACAAAACUAUUCGCAUCUGGGAUGUUAGAACUACAAAAUGCAUCGCCACUGUGAAUACUAAAGGGGAGAAUAUUAACAUUUGCUGGAGUCCUGAUGGGCAGACCAUUGCUGUGGGCAACAAAGACGACGUGGUCACUUUCAUCGAUGCUAAGACCCACCGUUCCAAAGCAGAGGAGCAGUUUAAGUUUGAAGUAAACGAAAUCUCCUGGAAUAAUGACAACAAUAUGUUCUUCCUGACAAAUGGCAAUGGUUGUAUCAACAUUCUCAGCUAUCCUGAGCUGAAGCCUGUGCAGUCCAUCAAUGCUCAUCCUUCCAAUUGCAUCUGUAUCAAAUUUGACCCCACGGGGAAGUACUUUGCCACAGGAAGUGCUGAUGCACUGGUUAGCCUUUGGGAUGUUGACGAAUUAGUAUGUGUGAGAUGUUUUUCCAGAUUGGAUUGGCCAGUGAGAACCCUCAGCUUUAGCCACGAUGGGAAGAUGCUUGCAUCAGCAUCUGAAGACCACUUUAUUGACAUUGCUGAAGUAGAGACAGGUGAUAAGCUCUGGGAGGUGCAGUGUGAGUCUCCGACAUUCACGGUGGCCUGGCAUCCCAAAAGACCCCUGUUGGCAUUUGCUUGUGAUGACAAAGAUGGCAAAUAUGACAGCAGCCGGGAAGCAGGAACUGUGAAGUUAUUUGGGCUUCCUAAUGACUCUUAAAAUGAGAUUGGAGGAUCCAGUGUGCAGAGGGGGAGUAUUGAUUCAGAAGAGAGGCUGGGAUAAAGGCCUGGGAAAGUCAGGCAUCAUUUUGUUUAGUUUAUUUGGUCUGUUUCUCCCUGUGUACAUUCUGCCCCAUCCCCAACAUCCCAGUAGAAAAAGAAAGCUGUUUCCAUGCUCAUCCAUUUGAAUACAAUAGCACAUCUGUUAGCAGUUUUUUGUGGGAGUGGUGGGGUGGUAGAGUUUCCAUUGUAGUAAUCUGUUAAUGGCAAAGAGCACUGAAUUUAGAGUCAGAGCAGCUGAAAGAAGACUGGAUUUGAGAUUGGAUGCCUCUAUUCACAGCUUAGUUCAGAUACUACCUAGAACUUUGCCUCUCUGGGCCUUAGCUUUCUCAUUUUUAAAAUGAUGGAUUUAGAUGAUCUAAAUCCUAUUACCUUUCUUUCUCAGGGGAUAGUCCUAUGUAUUUCAAGAAUCCUAGGGGUUUCUACAGGGAGCUGAAUAGUUUAACCAGCUUCUUCCUUAUUAUCUUAUUGCCUUUAAUUUUUUGAGAAGAUGUUGUAAUGCUACAUUUUGUAACCUUUGCUGACUAAAAGUUUGUUGGUCUUGAGAAGUGACAACCUUACUUCUUGAUCAAAGAUUGCACGCCCAUAUUAGUAACUUUAUUUUGAAUAGAGAUGAAAAGAAACACUGGUGCCUUAGUGCCUCACUCCUGAAAAUAACAUCUCCCUCCUCUGUAAAGAUAGAGGUUUGGAUUAGAUGACUUCUAAAUUCCUGUGAUCCAUUUUUUAUAGCACUUGGUUUACAAAAUAAUUUCCUUACAAUAACCCUAAGAGGAGGGUGGAUGUGUUGUUUUGCCCAAUUUAUAGGUGAUGAAGCUCUGGCAUAGAGAGGCUAAGUAAUUUACCCAGGAGUCACAUGGCUAGUCAAGUAGGUAUCUCUGCCUGAGUGACUGUGGGUGGUAUAGCAUGAUUUCAAAGUCCAAGUUGCUACCUCAUUCGGAUAUCCUCAUACGUGAUGUAUCUUCCCAGCUCUCCUCUGCUCAUAGACAUUCUACUUGUGGGGGUAGGAUUGGUGAACAGGAAUGGAACAUUUUGGGGAAAGUAUUUUGUAAGAAUAAUUUUGAUAUUUUGGCAUUUAAUAAAAGGUAAAUUUUUGGGCAUUCUUACGUUUUA